ACCUGAACACGUCCAUUAAUCUCUCGACCAUUUCCUCGUUCCUUUUGCUAAUAUGUUCAGCCCAAUUCAAGUUUCGUCUUCAACCCAUCUCAAAAUGGAAACUUUAUCGCCGAAUCCCGAUCUCACUCUGUUGAAUUUCACGAACUGUCGAAAACCCACUUCUCUUCCUCUGUCGUUUCAUCGAUUCUCGAACCCGGAUCGCUCUGGGUACAAGCAACGGUGCGUUUCGCUGUCUUGCCGUGCUUCAUCAUCUUCUCGUCAUCGUCACGAACCAGAGCCCGACAGGGAUCUUGAUCUGAUCAUCAGGACCAUCGGAAGCAGAUUGCUCAGUUUCGCCGCAGCCGCCGUUGCGGUUUCUUCGAUCUGUUGUGAUUCUCCGGCCGUCGCCGAGUCUCUGACUGUCGCUUUCCCCGUCUCCCGCGCUCGCGAGGUGAAUACUGUUCAGAGAACUCUCGUGGAAGCAUGGGGAUUGAUCAGAGAGACAUUCGUCGAUCCGACAUUUAACCAUCAAGAUUGGGAUUCGAGGCUGCAGCAAACAAUGGUGGAAAUGUUCCCACUGAGAUCAGCUGAUGCUGCGUACGGCAAGAUCAAAGGGAUGCUUUCAACGCUCGGCGAUCCCUUCACUCGGAUUAUCAGCCCGAAGGAGUACCAGAGUUUCCGAAUCGGUAGCGAAGGAAACCUGCAAGGUGUCGGCCUUUUCAUAAACUCGGAACCGAAAACAGGUCACCUGGUUGUAAUGUCUUGCAUCGAAGGUAGCCCGGCUGAUCGUGCCGGUAUUCACGAGGGCGAGGAAUUAGUCGAGAUCAACGGCGAAAAACUGGAAGGCGUUGAUAGUGAAGCAGCGGCACAGAAGCUACGAGGGCGAGCCGGAACCUCUGUCACAGUAAAACUUAAAAGUGCAAAUGAUCCGGGAAGCGAUUUCCAUAUCAGAGAGGUCGAGAUACCCCGUGAAUUCAUCAAGCUCUCUCCGAUAUCGAGCGCUAUAAUUCCUCACAGGACCCCGGAUGGAAAUCUUACAAAGACCGGUUAUGUGAAGCUCUCGGCCUUUUCUCAGACGGCGGCUUCUGAUAUGGUAAAUGCAAUCCACGAGAUGGAGAACGAGGACGUGCAUUCGUACAUUCUGGACCUGAGGAACAAUCCGGGCGGUUUGGUAAAAGCCGGGCUCGACGUUGCGCAAAUAUGGUUGGAUGGCGAUGAGACCCUCGUGUACACGAUUGACCGCGACGGGAUCGCAGAACCGAUAAACAUGAUCGAUGGACAUGCCGUGACACGGGAUCCACUCGUUGUGCUGGUGAACGAAGGUAGCGCGAGCGCGAGCGAGAUUUUGGCCGGAGCUUUACAUGACAACGGCCGAGCUAUUCUUGUGGGUCACCGGACUUUUGGCAAAGGAAAAAUCCAGAGCGUGACGGAGCUACAGGACGGGUCGGCGCUGUUCGUGACGGUGGCGAAGUAUCUGUCGCCGUCACUGCAGGAGAUAGACAGAGUUGGGAUAGCACCGGACGUCCAAUGCACCACCGACAUUCUCUCUUCCUUGUCCACCCAAGCUCUGAUCAAGACAACUCGCUCGGCUUCUUCCGUUUCUCCUCUCGAAGCCGAUUCUUGUAUCAUGGUCGCUGAACACCAACUCGACGUCCAACGGCUCAUCAAUGGCUCUGCUUCUUGAUUGCAUCUCUCUCUCUCUCUCUCUCUCUCUCUCUCUCUGUAAAUGACACUUCCUGGUUGGGUUAUGAUUUGUAAAUGAUAUGUAAUUCCAUCACGUUUUCAUCUUUUUUGUGAAACUGAUGUUUUUUUUUUGUCUAAAAAUAACCAUAGAUUCACUC